AGCGGGCCGGGCUCCUCCCGACCCCGCCGGCCUCUCGGCGGGGGACAGAGCGUGGGCUUCCGCCUCCGGCCAGGGAAAGCAGAGAGUAUGAAAGCCUACCUAAAGAGCGCAGAAGGCUUUUUUGUCCUGAAUAAAAGUACUACUGUUGGAAGGCAUGAAGACUCAGACCUUGUUUUAGAGUCUGCUGACAUCGACAACCAUCAUGCACUUAUUGAAUAUAAUGAGGCCGAGGACAGCUUUGUUCUCCAGGACUUCAAUUCCCGAAACGGCACCUUCGUCAACGAGUGCCACAUUCAGAAUGUGGCCGUGAAGCUGCUACCCGGAGACAUCCUGAGAUUUGGGUCUGGAGGGCUGACCUACGAACUGGUCAUCGAAAACCCACCCUCGGUCUCCUUCCCAUGGAUGAGUGGUUCGGCACCUUGGCCAAGACCACAGCCACCUCGAGCCACACAGCAGUCGAAACAGUCACCCUCACCACCACAGAUGCCCUUCCACCCAGGCAUCCGGACACCACCAGUGCAGAGGAGCUGGUCCCAGGGGUUUCCCAGACCCACCAUGGUCCCGCCUGCCUCCCACAAGCGGCCUGUGAGUGCUGGUGGGAAGAUGUUCUCCUUUGUGGUGGAUAGCACUCACAGGCCUCCCAUCAUCAAGCAAGUGUGGACCAAUGCUGUGGAGCUGUCGGAACAGUCAGUGGUCGAAGGAAUUUCCGGGGCAGGACCUUCCAGGGAUAUUUACGUGGACCAGGACCCAGCCCAGGAGGAUAAGGAUGAAAUCAUUCUGCUGCUGGGGAAAGAAAUCAGCCGUCUCUCGGAUUUUGAACUUGAAUCCAAAUACAAAGACGCCGUGAUAGCGAAGCUGCAGAAUGAAGUGGCCAGCCUGAGUCAGAGGCUUUCGGAGUCCGCCUCGUCCAGGCAGAGUCAGUUCCAGGAUCUGGAUGAAGACAUCGAUGCCAAACGCAGAGAGAUCCAGAGCUUGAAAAACCAGAUCAGUGCCUUACAGAAAGGCUACAGCCAGGUGCUGUGCCAGACCCUGUCUGAGAGGAACUCAGAGAUCACAUCCCUGAAGAACGAGGGCGAGAACUUGCGGAGGGACAAUGCCGUCACCUCAGGGAUGGUGUCAUCAUUGCAAAAAGAAGUGUUAACAAGGGAUGAGGAGAUUCAACAACUCAAACAGGAGGUGAACCAACUAAAAAGUGAGAACAAAGAAAAGAAUCACCAGCUUGAAGCCCUCAGCUCCAGAUGCUCCAUGCUGAAAGAAGAGUUAAAGAAGGAAGAUGCUCACAAGGAGCACCAGGAAGCCCAAGGGAAAGAGUUAAAACUCUGCAAAAUUCAAAUCCAAGACAUGGAGAAAGAAAUGAAGAAGCUCAGGGAGGACCUGAAGAAGAGUUGUACUGAACAGAACAUGAUCUCUAAAACGCUGCGAGAAAAGAGCAAGCUGGAGCAUUUCAGAAGUCAAGUCAUCAAGGCCACCUACGGACGGGCGAAGCCGUUCCUGGACAAGCCCAUCACCGAUCAACAGCUAAUAGAGAAGAUUACCCAGGUCACCGAGGACAACAUCAACUUUCAGCAGAAAAAAUGGACGCUGCAGAAGGAGACUCAGCUCAGCAAUUCCAAACAGGAGGCAAUCACGGAGAAUGUCGAGAAGCUGAAGGCAUCUUUAGAAAGCUGCCAGGCUUGCAUGAAGAUGUCCUGCUGUAGCAAGGACCUGAAGAAGGAGGUGGACAUGCUUCAGACCCUUCAGGUGAGCCCACCUGUUUCAGGGCUCCAGAAGGUGGUGCUGGACAUCCUGCGCCUGUCGCUAUCCUGGCUGGAGGAAACGGAGCAUCUCCUCCGGGACGUCGGGAUCCAGUUAUCCAGCUCGGACACAGAUCAAGAUCCACAGUUCUCAGGAAACUCAGCAGUCUUUCAUGCAAGAGAAGCUGCGGGAGCAUCUGGCAGAGAAGGAGAAGCUGAAUGAGGACAGGCUGCAGCAAGAGGAGAGGCUAAAAGCCAGAAUCAAACGGCUGAUGGAAGAGAAGGCGGUAAGGCUUUGGAGGAAAGCAUUACUCAAGAGAAAAACAGAGCAAAAGAAGCUUUAGAAGAAGAAAAGAAGAGAAUCCAAGAGCUGGAGAAUCGUUUAGACUGCCAGAAGAAGGUCUGGGAGGAAAGCAUUACCCAAGAGAAAAACAGAGUGAAGGAAGCAUUAGAAGAAGAACAGACCAGAGUCCAAGAGCUGGAGAAUCGCUUAACCCGCCAGAAGGAGGUUUUGGAGAGCAGCAUGGCCCAUGAGAAAAGGAAAGCAAAGGAAGCUUUAGAGACAGAAAGGAGAAGAGUUCAAGAUCUGGAGAACCACUUGACCCAACAGAAGGAGAUUUCAGAAAGCAGCCUCGCCUACGAGAAACACAAAGCAAAAGAGGCCAUAGAGAAGGAAAAGAAGAAGGUGCAAGAUCUGGAGAACCACAUAACCAAGCAGAAAGAGGAAAUAGACUUAAAAGUACAAAAAGAAGAUGUUUUAAAUAAUAAAUUAAAUGACGCACUGGCCAUGGUAGAAGAGACUCAGAAAACCAAGACAGCCGAGAGCCUAAGAGCAGAGAGCCUCACCAUGAAAUUAAAUGAAACGUUAGCUGAACUGGAAACCGCCAAGACAAAAAUGCUCAUCAUGGAGGAGCGGAUACAGCUGGAACAGCAGACAGUGAAGGCCCUCCAGGAAGAACAGGACUCACAGAAACACGGAUUUGAAACAGAAAUCAGGGAAUAUAAGGAGCAAAUCAAACAGCACUCCCAGACGAUCGUGAGCCUCGAAGAAAGACUCCAAAAAGUGACUGAGCACCAUAAAAAAAUAGAAGGAGAGAUUGCAACCUUGAAGGACAGUGAUCCAGCCCAGGAGGAGGUGAUGCAGCGAGACCCCCCAGCGGCACCUCCGAUGGAGAGCAGUGUCAAAGACGAAAUAUGUGACACCUUGAUAGGGGAUCUACUGACCGCUCAGAAGGAAAUCCUGUCUCAGCAGGAGGUCAUCAUGAGGCUAAGGAAAAACCUCACGGAAGCCCACAACCGAAUGUCAGAUUUGAGAGGGGAGCUUAAUGAAAAGCAGAAGAUGGAACUGGAGCAGAACGUGGCGCUGGUCCAGCAACAAAGCAGCGAGCUGAGAGCGCUCAAGGAAAAGACGGUGCAGUUGACGGGCCUGGUGGAAAGGAAGGACAGGGAGCUGGAGGUCCUCAAGGAGGCGCUCAGGGCCUCCCAAGAGAAACACAGAGUCCAGCUGUACAAGGAGAAGGAACAGAAGCCCAGGAACACGGCCCAGAUGUGUGACAUCUCAGUGCAGAUAGAACCGGUCCACACUGACAUUCUCUUGAGCAGUCAAGAGGAACAAUCCUUCAGGGAUCUAGGGGCCAAGUGCAAAGGGUCCCGACAUGAGGAAAUCAUUCAGCGUCAGAAAAAGGCCUUGUCUGAACUGCGUGCGCGAAUUAAGGAGCUUGAGAAGGCCUGCUCAUCAAAUCAUAAGGACCACCUGACUGAAUCCUAUCUAGACUUAAAGACGGUCAGAAUGGAAAAAAAUGUCCAGAAAUUCUUGCACGCAAAACCUGAUUUGCCAACUCUCUCAAGAAUAGAGAUUGGAGCGCCUCAGAAUGGCCUUGCCAACUCAGCCAUCCCAGCCAUGGAAAAGUCAGGGAAAAUGGAUGUAGCUGAGGCUUUAGAUCUCAGUGAAAAGCUGUACAUGGACAUGAGCAAAACACUCGGGAGUCUGAUGAACAUCAAGGACAUGUCCGGUCACAUAUCCAUGAAAUACCUCUCUGCAAAAGAGAGAGAGAGAGUCAACCAGCUCCGACAAAGGGACCUCGAUCUGGUGUUUGAUAAGAUCACCCAACUCAAGAACCGGCUGGAGAGAAAAGAGGAGCUUUUGAGAGGAUACGAAAAAGACAUAGAACAGCUCAGGCAGAGCAAAGUGUCAGUGCGGAUGUACCAGUCACAGGUGGCAAAGCUGGAGGACAGCAUCUACAAAGAGGCAGAAGAGAAGGCUCUGCUGAAGGAGGCUCUGGAGCGCAUAGAGCACCAGCUGCACCAGGAGAAGAGAAUCAACAGGGCCAUCCGGCAGCAGAAGGAACGUUUAGAGGAUCGCCAACAGAGAAAUGCAAAAGAAUCAACACCUUGCAACUGUUCCUUCAAAGAGAAAGAGAGGCAGAGACGAAUGUUUGUAGAGACGGUGAAGAACAAGAUGCAGAAUUCAAGUCCCCAGAAAGUAGAGGUGAGCUCUCAGGAAGCAUGA